AUGGCAGCUAUGACACUCCGAAACCUGACCGCCUUUCGCUAUCAUGACGGCGAACGUGAACAAGGCGCUGGUGUACGCCAGAAGGCGGAGGCUAUACUCCACUUACUAGAAGACGAAGAAGCCUGGAAAAAAGCGAAGAAACAGGCCGUCCAGGACAGCCAAACAUAUUCCGGAGGCAUCGAAAACCUCCCCUACUUCUCACCCAUCAACCACUACAACUUGUACAACCGAGGGUCAAAUCCUUUCUUCUCAGGACCCGAAGCUCUCCCUCCUCUUCAGAUCAGACAGUCUUGUUCAGAUCCUCCGUUCGGCAUGCCGCCUGCCACAGGUGGUGCCUUUGGAGGAGCUCCCCCUUUCGGAGGUACGUCCCCUUUUGGGGCAGCGCCUCCUUUCGGAGGGGCUGCAGGUUCCUUCGGGGGCGGUCCCGCACCGGGUGUGGCCCCAUCUUCUCGUUUGUAUGACCCGGACGAUGACUUCCGCACGGCGAAUCCGUUUUCGAGCAUGUCCAAAUUUCAGUCGGAGGCGGAAGCUGCCGACGCGUGGGGAUUGUCGAAGCCGGCACCUUCUGCCGGUCCGGCGUCGUCUUCCGCUAGGCCCACUGGCGCCGGCUCGAAACCCGCGGGCAGCGAGCCGGCUAAGCCGACGCCCAGUUUGAUCGACUUGGAACCCGGUUCCGUGCCAGGACCUUCGGCAUCCCGGAACCCCAUCGAGGACCUGUUAGGGGGCGCCAGCCCAGCCCUCCCCGCGCCGGCCGCUGGAGAACUCAUCGACCUCUUCGGACCGCCCAGCCACUCGCCCAUUCAGCCGAGCCAGGCCCCCUCUGUCCUGGCCUCCUCCUCGGCCACGCAGCCCAGGCCCUCGCCCUCGCCAUCGCCCAACCUGCUUGACCUAUAA